UGGAUUAGAAGUUAAUAGUUGGGAAUGGCCGGAAAAUUACAAAAAUUUUGUGAACAUCCAUGCAAUUUCAUAAGAAAACUACUAUUAUUUGUACAGCACAGCGAUUAAGACUUUAAAGACUUGGAUUUCUUAAUCGUUUAAUCCCAGUCAUUUUCAGUAAAACUUAAAAUCUUUAAUCGAUAGUACUUCUUUCAGUUCGACAAACGAUAUAAUUAAAAACUGUUCGAGUCUUAACAGAUUCACACAAAUUUAAACAUUUCAUUACCCAUACGCCACGUUGAACCGGAUCUCUCAUCGGAUUAAGAGUAUAUAUAUUUUGCUGUCUAUAUGCCCCGCUGCGUUUCAUUUCGUUCUGCUCUUAACCCAUUCUGUUCCGGAAUCGGUGAAAGUACUUAAUAUCAACUACUUAAAUAAUCCAGCGACAGCAUUUUGGCCGACGACUUUGGAUUUAAUCUGCCCCCUGGAGGCGGAAUUGUUUUAAGAGAGCGCAACUCAGCGAUAAUGAGCCAACAACGUCGCCACUUGGUUAAGCAGCUCAUCAAGUCGGCCAAUGUGGUUUUGGUGGGACUGUUGGUCUACAACUUGUGGCGUCACAAAUGGACCAAAGUGAAUUUCAAUCAGCAUCGGUUUUGAUUGAUUUUAGCUAUUCCCCAGGCAAUUUCUGUGUGUAUGUGUGCUCGCUGAUUGAUUGAUUGAUUGCUUAAUUAAUGAAUCGAACAUCGGCUUAAAUGUCAUUAACAGUUGGCCAGGAUUAACGACUCCUGAAUGUGGCCGAUGGGAUUUGCAAAUUUAAUUUCCUCCAACAGUGGAACUGUCAAGUGGCGAGAAAAUUUCGGAGGGAAAUGCGGUGAUAGAUGGGUUUUUCUUUUUGAGUGGGAUAUAAUGCUGAACUGAUUUCCAAGUAGAUGGUUUGAUUCUGUGCAACCUUGUAUUGUUAAAAGUUAUAGCCUUGUAUUAAUUAAAUUUAAUUAAAGUAAGCUUGUUUUGUUAUUAUAUUUUACUUGGAAGAAAAAUGUUGUGGAUGUACAAUAA